AUGUAUUGUAUACUAGGCUUAAGACAGCGCUCUACGGAUUCUCCGAGAGGAGGCUCCGUGAACGAGGCUGGUGUUUUUGCGCUACGAGGUAGGCAAGAGGGUAGCCGACGUUCCAGGCGAACUACCACCAGCACGACGAGUACAACGACGACGUCCGACUCGACGUUGAUACCUCUACCUGACGAAGUAGUACAACCCGCGGCCCUUUUGGCCCCCGAAGAGGAGUCAUGGUCUACCAGUUCUUCCACCACGACCAACAUUGCUCUAUCUUCAGACAUGGCCGACACGUCGUCCAACCCUCCACUGGAACUUGUAGUGAAGCCUCAUAGUAAAGUCGUCUUACCCUGUGAACUGGAAGGAAAUUACUCGAGAUUAUUACUGCCAGGAGCAAGAAGUUACAGAAUACGACCGGCGACGUGGCUACACGAAGGUAGUCCGGUGGAUAUGAUCACGAUAGACACGAGAACGGAAAUGAGCGGAACCGGGCACCGGUACAUCGGCGACUCGACAACCGCAGCACUGCACAUAGACAACGUCAGAUUAGAGGACGACGGUGUAUGGGGCUGCACGCUGGAGGACGACCGAGGGAAGAUUCUCUUCGGCAAACCGGUGAAGUUGGUCGUGCUCGAGGCACCUCGUGGGACGUAUCUGCUGAUAGAUGGCCGCCGGCUAGAUCCCGGAAACCAGUUUGUGCCGGUAAAGGAGGGCUCGGAGCUCACUCUCGAGUGCGCGGCCGAGGGUGGAAACCCACCGCCCAUCCUGGCGUGGGGCAUGACCUUGUCUCAAGCCACUUUAGACGGCCCGGAACAACCACCAGACAACCUCACUGUGCUGCCCUCAACAUCCGGCAGACGCAGCGGGGCUCACCUAAAGGUCUUGAGGGGACAUCACAACGCCACUAUCGUUUGUGUCGCGCGCCACAUUACGCUGGUGAUACCAAUGAACGCUAGCAUUCUGCUCGAUGUCCAAUAUACUCCAUCGUUCGCGAUAACGCGUUUACCUGGUUUUGGAAUUCCGAUCGUCGAGGGGAUGUCUGUCAGCCUGAAAUGCGAGGUAGACAGCAAUCCAGCCAGUACUCCAAUUUGGCAGCGCGACAAUGGACCGCCUCCCGUGGAGCAGAGCGAUGACGGAUGGUUGAACUUCACAAAAAUCACUCGGGCCGAGAGCGGCUGGUACAAGUGUUAUACGCGGCAUAUGCUCGGCAUUUUCACCAGCAUCGGAUAUUUUCUCAAUGUUCGCUAUGAUCCAGAUAUGGAGACCGAAGCGGAAGCACUGAAUGGUGAAGCGACCGAUUCUCGGCGAAUGGAAGUGCAAAUUGGCGGUGCUGUGACCCUCGAAUGCGACGGCGGUUGUUGGGGCCACGGACCUGGAAUGGAUCCAGUAGGAGGGCCUGGGCCCCUCGCUUUGAGCCGCGUAGUAUAUCAAGAAGCUGGGGAGUAUCGAUGCGUCGCGCCAGAUCGAAAAAUGCAGGACACGUGGCGAGCUCAGUUACCCUAUCACAUCAAGGUUACAGGGCCACCCAUGGUUCAUCCACCGAGUCAAACGGUGACGGCGAACGAGGGUGAAUCCCUGGACAUCAUCGUCGAGUUUUGUGCUCGACCGAGUUACACGAAGGUACUCUGGAUAUCGGAGAAGCAUGUGUAUACGCCGGACGCACCCUCCCGUGACGGGGUUCGAGCCCUCGCAAUCGAGGACGGCGGUACGGAGUCAUGUUACAGGACGACCUUGCGUUUCGAGACGAUUCAAUCGUCACACACGGGAGAAUGGUUGCUACUGGUCCGUUCAUCAGAAGGGAUUGCCGACGCUUCCGUUUUACUCAACGUGACACGCGCUUCCGGUUACAGCCAUGCCAACAUCCGAUCGGCGAGUAUUACGUACCUCCUACUCUGCCUGAUCCUACAAGCGAUCUUGCGGGAAUACCGUCGUUGAGGCGACCGUCCGAUGAAGAUUUAGGCGGAAGAAACUUUGGCAAAAUUCCUAGCUGUAUGGAAAGCUCGUACGUCAGCUUCCCCAAUGACGAGAGAAAAAGGGAAGUCUCUCUGUACAUAAUAUCGAAAUUCUUUUCUCGAAAGAAUUUUCCCCGCGCGAUUCUCGCGUCAACGAGACGCACAAUUUGCCCGAUAUGCCGUGACACGUCACUUGCGUGUCUUCGACAUAAUACGAAUAUAAUGAAACACUAUAGGGAUGGGAGUUCCGCCGACGCACCUUUAGCGCGAAUUAUUACGGCCUUGGUGUUCCUCGGAUCUCGUAGCGGGUCCUCUUGUUCAACUCUAGAACGCGGAUUUGAAAAACGCGUUUACAAAUGUAUGAUCGCGCGAAAGCGCACGAGCCGUUGCUAUGUGAAAUCUUAGGCAAACUUGCGUCCGCUCGAAUGAGUCCCCGUGCGAUCGAAACACGAUUAAAAUUCGAUUUCUCUGGCCUUAUAUAUAAGAAUAGCGGAGGAGUGAGAGAGAGGAGAGGAAGAGAAGGGAAAGGAUGAGAUCGCGCGGGCGAUGAGAUACGUAUUUAUAUAGAAUGAAAAUUUGUAAACUACGAAUCCGCGUAUACACACGCGCGUGCACCGACAGUCGCGCGAUACG